GUACAAUAUGAAUAUGAGCAAGCGAUCAUGAUGAUAGAUACAACGAAUCGUCAUCGACGAGAGAAAAGUGAUAUCGAAAACCUUCAGCAAAGUCAAUCAAAUGGGGUGGAUAUCUCGGGCCAACGCUAGAAAAGGCCGGGAAUAGAUCAAUUCGUCCUCGUGGUCGAAUCAUACUUUUCGGAUAGGUAAGGUAAGUUCUUGCUCCUCUUCUUUUAUGUUGCUUGGGAGACGCCCGCCGGGAGAAGGCGCGACUGUGUCAUCAACGCAGGUCCGGGAGGAAUUUUUAUCACUCUACAUCAAAUUUCCAACAGACAUUACAUGGCAAUCUGCUGGUAUUGCAGAUAUCAUUGCGGCACACCUACAAGAAGGGGAUAUUCAGAGCUUGGAAAUCAGAUGACCUGACUUAUCAUUUGACGUAUAAGCAAGAUGUUUAUUGUUCACUAACCCCCCCUUCAGAUUGAUUUGAUCCCAUAUCUCAUCCUCAUUCACAAUGCGUUUCUGCUCUGCAACGGUCCUCGCCGUUGGUACUGCUUUAGUGUCUGCCACGGCCGUAGGCGCUGUCGCUGAGCAAUGUUUAUUUUGCGUGCAUGAUUACCAAUGCAGCACCUGUCCGCAACCUACAUAUCAGGGGAUCUGCAUGACAGAUCUUUCCUUUCUGCUGGGCGAGUCAUGUUUCACGUUGAUGCAGUAUAUAGCGGUUGGCACUGACGCACGAGUUACUGUUACUAGUGAUUGGUUGACUCGGAGUUGAUCAAUGUGCGUCAGGACAUCAUCACUCCACUUUCCAGCUCAAAGUAGGGUGCAGGUCACUCACGGCGCAGUCUAGUGCUGUCCCAUACCGUACACUGCGUACAUCUGACUUUCGACUUUGAUGGUUUCGAGAAUGUUCGACAAGGUCUAAUGGUGGAAAAGCUCAAA